AUGUGCGCAGCACGGUUCGCAGGAAUAAUCGCAGCUGCAGACACGUCACCCUUCUAUAAUUUAAAUGCAGUUCGUGAGGCCGUGAGUGCCGUGGCCGCGUGCCAGAUUGCUGGCGUUAUUCGAAAGAAUGCCACGAGACAUAGACAGCAAUACCCAGAUGAUCUGGGUGUUCGGCCAUUCUUGGCACUGGCAGUCAUUGGCACGGUUCACAAUUCGCUGGUCAAAUUGUUCUGUAAUGGUUCUUUUCACUUUAAUCAGCCGAUGCUUUAUUUUAAUGAGACGUUUGAGCAUAAUCUUUUGAAUCAAAACUAUCCGGACGCAGUGACCUGCAGCGGUGUACGCCAUUCGCCGCCGUCUACAACUGAAGAAAUCGACGAACCAAAAAACUAG